AUGCUCUGCUCUCCCUCACUUCAGCAGUACAUCGUCUCUGACCCAGUCAGUCGAGAUGCUGCUCUCAUCGAUACGGUGCUUGACUUCGAACCAACUUCUGGCGCAAUCUCUACCCACACUGCAGACAAGAUUUUGUCCUUCAUUGAUGCUCAUAGCCUCAACGUGAAAUAUAUUUUGGAAACCCAUGCACAUGCCGACCAUCUUACUGCGGCCCAGUAUUUCCGUCACAAAUUGCCAGGUGUUCCUGUAGGCAUUGGCGCUCGCAUUUCACAAGUCCAGAACACCUUCGCACCAGUGUAUGGGCUGGAUUCCAAGCCUGAUGUUUUCAACGGCGUCUUCGAUCUUUUAUUCAAAGAUGACGAAGAAAUCAAGCUUGGUUCACUCAUUUGCCGUGUCUUGCACCUCCCGGGACAUACGCCAGACCAUAUAGCGUACCUUAUUGGUGAUGCAGUGUUCGUUGGAGACUCUAUCUUCCAGCCAGACGUUGGUAGCGCUCGCGCCGACUUCCCCGGGGGUGACCCCAAAGCUUUAUAUUCGUCUAUGCAACGUCUCAUGAAUUUGCCUGCCACUUUCCGACUGUUUGUCGGUCAUGAUUACCCUGUUGACCGCGCGGAGCUUUGUGUCAGCACCGUCGCUCAGCAACGGGCAUCCAACAAGCACGCUAAAGUCGGCGUAUCUCAAGAGGAGUUUGUGCAGCUCCGCGCGGAAAGGGACGCGAUUCUGGGUGCCCCGCGACUGCUCCAUCCGUCAUUGCAGACUAAUAUUCUCGGUGGGCGUUUCCCGCGAGAUGAAAAUGGCAAACCGUCGUUCAAGUUACCUAUUUCCACACCUAUAUCGCUGUAA